AUGUUUUCUAGGAAUAAAAGUGUAAAUUCUCCUAAGGAUUUACAAUUUUGGGAAUCAUACGACGAUUACACAUUAGAUAAUCCACAUGCAGGGGAUCCACGGUGUCUUCAAGCGAAUAAUUUCAACUAUUGUAAACUACGAUAUACCUUGUACUGUAGAUGUUGUCGUGAGUUAGGUGAAGACGAUCCACGCUGCAAGUACCAAUAUUAUAGAACAGAACUAUCUUGCACUCAAGACUUUCUAGACUUGGUUAACAAACACAGGGAAGAAGGAACCUGCUCAAUGGAUAUUUUACCCAGCAGGCAACUUCACAAUAUGAGACAUUAA